GAUUUGAGCAGCAUUUUCUCAUGCUGCGUCGCGCCAUUUUGUCGGCGACACGUCCGGUACGUCCUGUGACGAUGAAAUGCGUGGCUUCACCCUGUGACCAGAGCCAUGCUUCACCCAGUCUGUGGAGUAUGCAAAGCCGCUUCGAGAGCACAGCGGUAGCGAACAACACAGCAGCGCUUUCGAUCAUCGAGUCCAAACUUCACCGCGCCGAGCAAGCAGCCGAUUGGAAGCACGCGCUGGGAACGUUUCAGCACUUCGCGACGAAUCACCCGACAUGGGUAGAGCCUAAGCAUGCCAACUUUGUUUUGAGGGUGUGUGCAGCCCAAGGACGCCACCGUGAAGCGAAAAAAGUGCUGCACAUUCUGCAAGGCCUCGGUCACAUGAACGAUCCCUCCUCGUCCGACAACUCGGCCUCUCCAUCCUCGUCCACCCAGCCAGCGCUGUCCGUGGAAUCUCAGGCGUUGAUGUGCCAGGCACUGGCCGAAAACGGCAAAGGCGACGAAGCGCUGGUCAAAGCACAUGCAUUGGUAGCUGGCAUCCCGACGUUGGACGACAAUGUUCGACGAACGCUGUCCGCGUCGCUGUAUCGACCACUUCUCAAGGCCUUCAAGCACAAGAACGACUGGAAACACACGUUGACACUGCUCAAGCAGAUGCAGGAGUUCUCCGUGCCCAUUCCAUUGCGGGGGUAUCGCCUGCUCUUGCUCACGUUGAGUUCGGGACGUCAGCCCAAGAUGCUUGUAGACGUAGCCCGUCAAGUGCUGUCGUCUUCGACUUUGGUGUUAGAUGUCCAAACGUAUACGAUCAUGAUCAAGACGCUCAGCGCUUGCGGCGAACACGGUGUGGUCCACGAGGUGCUGAACAAGAUUCGAACGACAGAAGCACCUGAUUACAUGGACACGACCGCAGAUAUGAACCUGUACAACGCCAUGAUCCGAGCGCACAUGCUAGCCCACAACUUGGACGAAAGCCGCCGGCUCCUUCGGCAUCUCUUGACGCUUCCCCACUUGACACCGGAUGCGUUUUGCUUUACCACUUGCAUGUUGGGGUACCUUCGCCCUGGCUCGGACAUUGGCAAUGGCCCGAACCAAGUUACGUCGUUGUACGAAGACAUGAACCGACGUGGCAUCUCACCGUCCAUCUUGACGCUGGCGUGCGUCCUGCGCGCCAUCCACCGCCUGCCGACGAAAAAGUAUCUGCUCUCGGCUGUGCUCGCUAAGUGCCACGACGUACCCCUCGGGAAACCUGAUUUUGUGCACACACUAAUUGACGCCCUGGACGAAGUGGGCCAGACUGAGACGGGGGAAGCCGUGUUCCGACGCGCGAUGGACCAGCAGCUCCUGGGCGAGUGGCGCAAAGGGCUGUUUGGAUUGAAUUUGCACACGUUUUCCAAGGGCUCGGCCAAGACGGCCGUGCAGUUUGCACUUACGGCGAUAGCGACCCAGCCCAAGAGUUAUCGUGAAACCAUGGAGGUGCAAGAGCUCAAGAUCAUCACGGGCAAAGGCCGAGGCAGCAAGGAGUUUAUGAAGCCCGUGCUGAAACCGGAAAUUGAAGCCCUGCUGUGGUCGCAUUUUGCCCUGCGAUCGCAUACCCCAGCUCAGAACCACGGAUGCCUUGUUGUCCAGAAGGAACACUUGCAGCAGUGGCUCGCCAAGCAACAGGACAAGGCUGCUAACCGCACUAGAAAGUAAUAUCAACAACUUACUUCAUAGCUUCGUGUGGUA